AUGGACAAAAUUGAGCCGUUUACCCCCGCCUAUGCUACCGCCGAAGCUCAGGGGAUACCGGAGGAAGCCAGCGGCUUGGCUAGGAGUUCCUCGUCAGCAUCUGAGAGUAGGGACUGUACUGAUGAUGCGUUGCCAAGGAUGGCCAAUCGGGGAACUUCUUACGCGGAUGCGCCUCCAGGGCUUUGGCGCACCCUCCCAAGACAGAACACUGGCAGCUUCGUGGAGGUAUUGAGCAGGCAGCUGAAAAGCAACCUUAAUAAGCUAACGAUUGAGAAGUUCGAGACGUUGGCUGAAAAAAUCGCAACCCAGUGCGAAGCGCUGGAGGACUAUAACCAGCUGCAAGUUGCAGCCGAUUUGAUUUUAUCGAAGGCAGUUCAGGAGCCUGAAUGGUCAGAGAUGUAUGCUGAUCUCUGUCUAAUUCUUUUUUGGCGUUCUAGAGAAUACGAGUUGUCUGGAAAGCGAGCUACAUUCGCGUCCGCUCUGCUUACAAAGAUCCAGCGUGAGUACGAAGCCACCCCUCGUGACUUGGAUGCUGUGCGCGCUACGUUGGGAGAUGACCCAGAAGCGGGUAUGAAAAGGUUGAAAACCAGAAUCCUAGGGACGGUGAAGAUGAUUGGCGAGCUGUUCCAGCGUCGCAUCUUGGGGUUCAAGAUUGUCAGUAAGGUGGUCAUGGACCUUGUGAUGUCUUCAGAUGAGCCGCACGAGCACCUCAUAGAAUGCUUUUUGCAGUUAAUUUACAGCACGGGGUACUACAUUGACCAGCAUCCAAACCUAAGGCCGGUGUUGGACAUGUGGUUCGGCCGUCUCAAGGAGCUAAUGCUCAAGACUUGCUACACCAAGCGCAUCAAAUGUGUGAUGCAGGACGUUUUGGACUUACCCAAAGCUCAGUGGCGUAAAAAAAUCCACAGGGACACAGCGCAGGCCCUAAGCGAUCUAAGGGACCAAGUGCAAACCGAAGACAUAUUGGGGGGUUCCGCCGUUGCCGCGCAAUAUGGCAACAUCGUAGUGGUCGGCGAAAGAAGGAAUCUAGGAGCUAAAUGCACAUACGGCGAUUACAUGGUUCGACAGGAAGAUUUAUACAAAGCGAAAAAAUCUGCUGGCAUGAAACUAUGA